AAUUUUAAAUUUAUUCACUCCAAAACCUACAAACAUACACCCGGAAAAGUAGAGUUAUUACGCGUUAUACAGAAUUGGAACUUUAAUUUAACAUAAUAAUUACCCUAAGUAUAAUGCGUUUUACAAUUAAAAAAACAAGCUGCAGUGGAGAACGCAUUGGAUUAUUGUCUGGAUUUAUAAAGUCGCCAAACACAACAAUCGAAACGCCAACUGCCGCUCUAUUGACCCAGGGAGGCAGUGUUGCCCACCUCACUGCCGAUGUCCUAUCAAAAGUAUUCUCAAAUCCGCAAUUACUAUGGAUGCCGUUGUCAAGCAUGGCUCACUUAGAAACAGGUGUGAAGGCACAAGGACAAGGCAUAGCCAAGUUUGUGGCAUUACCUGAACAUGUAGUUUGUUCAACAUUCCAUAAUAUGAAUGAGGAAACACCACAAGGACAUUUUGAAUCAGAGAAAGUACCACUGUGGACUCGAAAUGGAAAGAAAAUGAUUACAGCUGAUAGAUAUAUGGAUAUGAUGGAAGUUUUCAAACCAGAUAUAUUUUUGGCGAUUGCAGAUGGACACACAUCACUUGACGAAGGGCACAAAAGAAUUGUCAAAUCUGUUAGCAGGACCUGCAACAUGUUGGAUGUGUGUGUUAAACGAUAUAAGGAGUCCAAGGAGCUUCAAAACAGCUCCCUUAUAGGUGUGGUGGUCGGUGCUGGUUUACCAAGUAAAUGUGCCGAGUGCAUACAACAGAUUAAGAAGUAUAAGAAUACAUUAAGUGGAGUUGCACUACAAGGGAUUACAGACGGAACCAAAGAAUCAUAUAAGGAACCUAUCGAAAAAAUUGAGAACAUCUUCAAAAGAGUUGGGGAUGCCGUACCAAAGGAUUUAGUUCGUAUUGCAGAAGGCUGCUGGAAUCCAGCUAUAAUUGUAGCUGCCAUAGAACACGGCUGGGACGUGUUUGGUGGUUCAUACCCUCUUGAACUUACAAAUGCUGGGCAUGCUUUAGUUUUAAAUUAUGAUGUCAAUCGAUAUAGUGGUGAAGCUUGCGUGUUGGAUCUUAAUGAUACGAGCUAUAGAGAUGACUUCACGCCAGUAUUAACUGGAUGCAAAUGCUUGACCUGCAGAAAACACACUCGGGCAUAUAUACAACAUCUUUUGAACACUAAAGAAAUGUUGGCGUCUGUUUUGUUAAGCAUACAUAACAUCCAUCAUUAUGAUCAACUGUUCUAUCACGCUCGUCAACACAUCGCCUCCAACACGUUUUCAGUAUUCAAAAGCCAUAUAACAAAACAAUAUGAUGUGGCUAAAACGCCAUAUAUGAAUGGCAAGCAUGACUCCGAAAUGACAGACAUAGAACAUCUAAAGAAGAAAGUCAAAAUUUCUAAUGAAGAUAUUAUCAAUGGCCAUAAUAUAAUGAACGGUAUUGCCUAACAGGCAACAUUAAUGAGAAAUAAUUAAGUAUUGUGCGAGUUAUAAUCUCAGGUUUGUUUGGUCGACACCAAAUUGGGGUCACCCGCAGUUUGAGAUCUGGCAACAUUCCGAAUGCAUUUAUUAUGUAAGUUAUAUAGGUGUCCCAAAAUUUACGCAAUAUCUACGUUUUAUGCAAUUUGCGUGGUAACUGGUCAUCAUCAUCUCAGCCACAGGAAGUCUACUGCUGAACAUAGGCCUCCCCCAAGGAUUUCCACGUCGACCUGUUGGAAGCGGCCUGAAUCCAGCGACUUCCUGCGACCUUAGCCAGGUCGUCCAUCCACCUUGUACUAACCUAGCAGUGGUAACUGGUAAAGUCCUGGGAAUAAAAAAUGCUGUGUAGACAGUGACUAUUUAGAGUUAUUAAAAAGCUUAUUUCUCCAAUUUUUCAAGGUAAUUUACCGUAUAUGGGAUAUAAUAUUAAACUCAUAUAAUUUAUUAAUUCAUUAAAUUUAUCAUCGAAGCGGCGAUAGCCUAGUUGCGAGUGGAACGGACAGCCGAAACUAAUGUCCGCGGGUUAAAAACCCAAGGGCACACAAGUCUGGCUUUCUAAAAUGAUGUCUGUAUUCUUUGUGAAUUAUCGCUUGCUUUAACGGUGAAGGAAAACAACGUGAGAACAUCUGCAUACCUGAGAAUUCUCUAUCGGAAUUUUGAGGGUGUGUGAAGUCUACCAAUCCGCACUAGGCCAGCGUGAUGGACUAAGGCCUAAUCCUUCUCAUUAGUAGCGGAGGCCCGUGGCCAGCACUGGGAUAGUAUAAAAUUAAUGACAACUUUUAAUUAAUACAUUUGAUAUGUAUUUAAUUAUAUCUUGCGUAAAUUUUGAGACACCCAAUAUUUAUUAAUGGUAAUUGUAUUUAUUUUGUAAGUGACAUGGGAGAUUACAAAUAGCAGGUAUAACUCACGUACAAAAGGUUGUUGAAAGGCACCGUGGUUUGUUUUCUGCCCUCAAGCAGCAGUGUGUCAAUACUAGGAAAUUUUGUACAACUACUGUUUGAAGGCUUAAGGUUAACUGUGGAUGAUGGUUACCGUCAGACAAAUGUGUCAUCAGUAACAUCAUUUCAGAGAAAAGGCAAAAAUGAGAUUUAGAAAUGCAACUACAUAAAUUAAUAUUAUAUAAUAAUAAACCAUGCAGCCUUAGAAUGAGCCAAAAAACGCGACUCGUAAGUUGAUGUUUUAUUUUGAUGUUUGUAAUUGAUCGAGAGACCAAUGCCGUCUGUCAACCAAUCCGAACCAACCUCGAAAAACUACAUUGAGUAGUGUUUUUUUUUGUUUUAUGGCUUUGAAUGGCGAGACGAGCUUGCCCUUCACUGGCUUGCUUCUAUGGUAAGCGAUACGACCGCCCAUAAACAGUAGAAUCACCAUUCAACACCUUGAAUUACAAAGUAUUGGAGUAUUCCACUGCGCUCGCCAUCCUGAGACAUGAAAUGUUAAGAAUUAUUAUACCUUGUCCAGUAGUUACACUGGAUACAAUGUCCUUCAAACCGGAACACAACAGAUACUGCACACUGAUGCUUGGCGGCAGAAAUAGACAUUGAGGUGGUACCUAUACAGGCGAACUCUUACAUAUGAGAAACCACCAGUAGUGUCGUGUUUCUUAAGCACAUUGAUAACCUUUGAACACGUCAUUGCCAGAUCUCAGGCAAUAUUAAGUUUGUAAUUACUUUUAAGUAAACAAACCAAUGAUGUAGGAUAAUUUAUUUUUGUGAUAAAUCACGAAUUAGUUUAAUGGAAGCCAAUCAUUACCGGUAAAUUAAUAUAAGGUAACCACAUUUUCAAUUCCUAAGUAUUUAUCGAAAUAAAACUAGAUAAUAUCGGAUUUUAAAUUUUCGAAUACUUCGCAGUCUUUAUGCCGCCAUCCCCUCCUGGAAAUGGAGGCUGCAGUUUCUGAAACAUCGGGAGAAAAUUAAAUACCAAAAACUAGCAAUAAAUCUAAAAACUAGUUGUAUUUCGAUGGCCUACAUUUGAGUAAACGGAAGAUACGCUUAGUACCUACUUAAUGCAUGGGUUGAAGGGAGUAAUCUAGGAAUCUAAUUGUUUCAAGGAUAAUAUGUCAAUCAUUAUUAACUGGAUUGAUGUUUUAUUACACAAAAUUCGUGUAAGUUGUUCUUUAUAUGUGUAGUUGAUUGGAAGUAUAGUAAUACAAAAUAUUUUCGAUCACUCAGAAGAUAGUCACAAAUGCUAUGGUUGUUAUUGUUAUAACUGAGAGGUGACAUAAGGAAAGGAUUUAGUCAGGUACUUACUUUCACACACUGUGGCUCCUAUAUCUGGUUUGUACUGCCACCUAUAGUUUGUGCACGUUACCUAUUAUGGCGACCAAAAUAGUUUUUUUUUAUUGUAAUUUAACAAAAUUUUGUUUAGUUUCGCAGGUUUAUAAUAGUUAUGGUUACUUGUUUUAACAUAUUGGCGGGAGGGGGAUGAGGUUCCGCUAUUUGGUACAUAGCUAGUCCUCCUCUGCAAAAAUAGUUGAGAUGGUUAGAAACCAUCAUUCAGGGUCAUUUUAACAUUGCAUUAGUAUAUGAAACCACAUACUUAUCUACUUGAAAAUAACACUUUACAGUAAGUUACUAGAGCCGUAGAUGUAAAAUAGAAAAAUGGAAGUUUCUAACAAAAUAAAUAUUAAUAAAAAGUGAUUUUAAUUUUACGCGCCCUUAUGUCAUUACUACUAUUCUAAGAUAAUACCUCGCGGCCUCCACUUGGUACUUUCAAUCAGAAAUAGACUCAAGCACACGCCUUAUUCGCAGUAAACUACAAAAUUAACAAAAAAUUGAAAAACUAAAAACACGGAUUUUUGGUGAAAGUAUUCGUUAUUAAUGGAUAAUUUUUGGUGCAAUGUCAGCAAAGGUGACGACAAGUCUUUGGUUUCAUUUAGUAACGCAAUAUCAAAAUGACCCUGUAAAUGAUACUAAACCAGUUUUAAUAGGCGGGUAGUCUAUGGGUUAUACUUACAAAAAGGGGCUGGUAUCCCAUCGUUGGAUAGUGAGAUUUAGACAUAUAACUUUGUUAAUUUAACUACUAAUUAUAUGUAGAAAUAAUUUAUUUUUUAUUUUUAAGUUAUGAGAUUAAAAUCCUAUGGGUAUGUUUUGUCUUAAGUGUGCUAAAGAAAAACAAAUUCCAAGUGUAUGUCCCACAGAAAUAAGCAGCAUUUUAAAAAUGUACCAUAAUGUUAGAUUAUUAUAUGAUUUUUUUUCUAGUUAGGUGUAGUCUGUUAUACAUCUGGUUGAUUUUGAUAAAUAAGUGUCUAAUUUAUUUGAAACAACAUAAUAUUUUUUUAAACUUAAUCAAGUUUCUGGAUUAUUUUGUCUUUUACAUAGAUAACUAGCAGUGCCCACACCUACGUGGAUUUAGAUCCAAGUCUGUAAGAAAUACCAAUGAAAAUUUGAAUGUCAAACAUAUUGUUUCUCUUUCUUAUUAGUUACUGCGCUCGUUUUCUAAUUAGUUUAAAAAAAAAAGUAAUGAACUGACACGUGAAAUAUACGACUAUUAUAUUAUGUAUAAAUAUAUAGCUUAAAUAUCGGAAACUUUGUUGCCAUUUAUUGCGAAGUAAAUACUAUACACGCGUAGCUAUUUCGUGGACUAACAAUGUAGGUAUGUUCGAAUUUGUAUGGGAUGAUUCGGUUGUUAGAUGACGUAGGUGUCUGAUAACUAAUAUAAUAUAUUGCAUUGCGCAAUGCCUAAGUCCUCUUACUCUUAAAAUAAAGCAUAGACAGUUUUUCAAUAAAAAAAAUCAUAAAUAACAAAACUAACAACGAAAUAACAUGAUUAUUAUACUGAAAAAUAUUGGUUAA